UCCAGUCAUCAUCUAUUUAUAUUCGGAUACCCUCCUACAUACAAACAGAUACGGAAACAACGUUUUUCACGCCAUCUCUCUCUAACCCUGCUCCCUCUCUCUCUCUCUCUCUCUCUCUCUCUCUAGCGGAGAAGGAAAGAGCGGAGAUAUAAGGCUACGCCACGCGACGCUCAUUCUCUCCAUGGCAAUGGCGAUCUAGUGGAGAUCGUUGAUUUGAUCCACGAAACCCUAGGAAAAGGGAGCGCGUACCUUUCCCCCCCUCCGUGUUUUCUGUUCGGGCCUAGAUCCGGCGCUUCGAUUGCACGGCUCAGUGUGGAUCCGAUUCCGAUGCGAUUUUCCCAUCGCCGGGAGGGAAUCUAGGGUUUGUGCUCGGGGUUGGUUUGCGGAGGAUGGGGCGCAGGGGAGCGAUCGCCUCUAAACCACCGCCCAAGGACGAGGAUCCGUUGAUAUCAGAGCUUCGUGAAAGGCAUCGGUUGGAUCUAGAGAACUUGACACUGAUAACACAGCCAAUCAGGACAGUAAAACUAUUUGUAUUAGCUACGUUGCAGUAUUUAAAAAGGUCUUUUUUCUAUGUCCUGAGAAAUGGUGGUUGGCUUAAGGUCUUAAUCAUCUUGGUAGUGGCCACAUUCCUUCUUUUGACUGUUGAUGGCCCACAUGAAAAGCAUGUCCAAGAGCUUCUUAAUUAUGCCAGAUAUGGAUUGUGGUGGAUAUCUCUAGGAGUGGCAUCAUCAAUUGGACUAGGUUCUGGUUUACACACAUUUGUGCUGUAUUUAGGCCCUCAUAUUGCAUUUUUCACAAUCAAAGCUCUACAAUGUGGACGAGUUGAUUUGAAAGCUGCUCCAUAUGACACCAUACUACUUAAAAAGGGACCUUCAUGGCUUGAAAAGGAUUGCUCAGAAUUUGGACCUCCACUAUAUCCGCCGUCGUCCAGUUCAUUAGUUAGGAUUCCAGUCAGCAAAAUACUAACUCAGGUUCAGCUAGAAGCUAUUCUUUGGGGCAUUGGAACUGCACUUGGGGAGCUUCCUCCCUAUUUUAUCUCACGAGCAGCACGCUUGUCUGGAAGUAAAGUAGAUGCUGUCGAGGAACUGGAUGCUGCUUCUUCAGAAGAUGGAUUUAUAUCUGCAACACUCACCAAAUCCAAACGCUGGCUUCUUUCUCACUCACAACAUCUCAACUUCUUAACUAUUUUAUUACUUGCUUCGAUUCCAAACCCUCUUUUUGAUCUUGCUGGUAUUAUGUGUGGCCAAUUCGGCAUCCCAUUCUGGAAGUUCUUUCUUGCGACCUUAAUUGGAAAGGCAAUUUUCAAGACUCACAUCCAGACGGUAUUUAUCAUCUCUGUGUGCAACAACCAACUCCUAGAAUUAGUGGAGAACAGGUUAAUUUGGGUACUCGGUUUCUUCCCUGGAUUUUCCGACAUGCUGCCCACCAUGAUUGAUAAGUUGCACAUGGUCAAGGAUAAGUAUUUAUCAGCUCCUGCUCCUGCCUUACCUUCUGCAACAACCAAGGGAAAGAAGUGGAAACUCUCAUUCCCUCUGGUCUGGAAUUCAUUGGUAUGGCUCAUGCUCAUAAAUUUCUUUGUCAAGAUUAUGACCUCCACGGCACAGAGACAUCUAAAGAAGCAACAAGAGUUGGAGUUGGCUAACAAGCUAUUGGAACAAAAGCAAUCCAUGACCAAGUCGAACGGUGUGACUGACAUGUGAUUGUCUUCUAUUUCUUUCCCCAAUUCAUCGCCUAUAUUGGUGGAAGCCGUGAUUAUAUUUAACAAUGGCAUGCCAUCAAACACCUUUCACAUUCUUACUCUGCUCAAGAAACUACUAGAUCUGGGCCGGGAUAAUUAUUCAUGUUAUCGAUAUACCUUUGAUGCUGAUAGGGUCUGUUCGAAAUUGUUCCUACAGGGACAUUCUUGUUUAUUGUUAGGAAGCUGUACACAGAAUUACUAUAGUUUAUGAUUCUAAUGAUGAGAAGAGAGAAUUUCCUUA